AUGAUCAAGUCCAAUUUAAUGUCAGUCUUUAACACCUCUGAAGGGGAAAUCUCUACCUUCUUCCUCAUUGGGAUCCCAGGGAUGGAGCAUGCUCACAUUUGGGUCUCCGUCCCCAUUUCCUUCAUGUACCCCCUUGCCAUCCUGGGGAACUGCACCACCCUCUUUUUCAUAAAAACAGAGACCUCUCUGCACGAGCCUAUGUAUUAUUUCCUCUCCGUGCUGGCCUUUUCUGACCUGGGGUUGUCCAUCUCCUCCCUUCCAACCAUGCUGAGAAUCUUGUUCAAUGCCACUGGAAUUUCUCCUGAUGCCUGCUAUGCCCAGGAGUUCUUCAUUCAUGGAUUCUCAGCUAUGGAGUCAUCAGUACUUCUUGUCAUGUCCAUCGAUCGCUUGAUAGCCAUCUACAGUCCUCUCAGAUACACCUCCAUCCUGACCAGUGUCAGAGUCUUUAAAAUUGUUCUUGUAUUUGCCAUAAAAAGUCUCUUACUGGUUUUCCCCUCCCCCUUUAUUCUAAAGAGGCUGAAAUUCUGUAGGAAAAACCUUCUAUCCCACUCCUAUUGCCUCCACCAGGAUGUCAUGAAGCUCGCCUGUUCGGACAACAGGGUAAAUGUCAUCUAUGGACUGCUUGUAGCUCUAACAGCUAUGUUAGACUUGGUAUGCAUAUCUGUGUCUUACCUGUUGAUCUUGAAAAUUGUUCUGGGCAUUGCCUCACACAAGGGCUGCAUCAAGGUCCUCAACACUUGCAUUUCCCAUAUUUCUCCUGUGCUGAUCUUCUAUGUGCCAAUCAUCACCUUGGCUAUUAUUCACCGCUUUGCCAAAAAUAUUUCUCCAGUUGUUAGGGUCAUCAUAACUGAUACUUUCCUUCUGGUUCCCCCUCUAAUGAAUCCUAUUGUGUACUCUCUGAAGAGUCAUCAGAUUAGAAAUCUGAUUCUCAUGAAAUUAUGUGAGAGACAAGGUUGA